GAAGCGCAGCUCGCUAGUCAGUCAGUGAGACGGUCGGUCGGUCGGACCGGGAGACCGAUGCAAAGCGUUGAACGCGGAUGAUCCAAACGUUCCUCUCGCAUCUCAGCGAGAUUGUCCUCCGUUUGGAUCUCGCCAACUCGGUAACUACAGUGGAAGUCCGCGGUAUCGCCCGAGAGGAUUCAGUGAUAACGUAUUGGUUGCUCGUCAACGACGGUCUCUCGAAGAAGUAGUCGGCGCCGCGCCGCCGCCACUCCUAGACUUCCAGAGAUCUAUCGAUUCACAUUGUGUGCCGCGGGCGUCUUCGACGACGGUUCGCAACCAUGUUAGCGGUGUGGAAUGUGCUAAGUACUAUUUUCUACGGUGUUCUCACCCUUUUGAGUCUCCCGACGUUCUGGUGUGUCAUGUUCGUGCUCUUGUUCGAGACAUUCAUCUCGAUGUGCGACGUGCUCUUAAAACUCCUCGGUUGCCUGUUACAACAGAUGGUCUUUGGUGAAUUGAGGCUACACGAUGACAGCCUGGGCAAGGAUCGGCUGUGGAACUUCGUAUUCUAUAAGUUCAUAUUCGUCUUCGGCGUUCUGAACGUCUCCCAGGCGGAAGCGAUCGUCAGCUGGGGAGCUUGGUUCAGUCUCCUGGGAUUCCUCCAUUUGCUGACGCAGCUCUGUCAGGACAGAUUCGAUUAUAUCUCGGUGCCAACACAGCUGCCUCGAGGUACUCACGUUCGAAUCGUGGCUCUCUUGUUGGGCUUGCUCACGGCCUGCGGAUUCCUGCACGUUGCCGCUUACAACCACGCGAGGAAUAAGGGUUUCAACUACUUUCUGCUGGUCGACGCCGAGGUCUUCUUGAUCUCUGUCAAAGUCGCCUAUGCCUUCGUUAGAUACGGCGUACACAUGUGGGAAACCUUCGCCGAACGUACAGCAUCUGACCGACGUGCAGAAGUUUCGUACUACCUCGAGCUUGGCUUGCAGCUCAGUAUACUCGGAGUGGAAUUCUUGCAUGAUUUGCAUAUGGUGAUCUGGGGCAACGUUUUCCUGUCGAUGGCAUCGGUUGUUAUUUCGAUGCGCUUGCACUCGACCUUCACGGAGCUGAAACGAAGAAUCGGAAAGCACCAGCAUUACGCUCGCAUUUCGCAGCUGCUCGUCGGUAGGUACCCGAGCGCCACCGCCGACCAGCUGGACGACCCGUGCGCUAUAUGUUGGGAAAACAUGCAUUCCGCUCGAGUUCUUCCGUGCAGACAUCUCUUCCAUGAGACAUGCUUACGCUCAUGGCUGGAGCAGGACAUUUCGUGUCCGACAUGCCGAUUACAUCUCGAUAUCGAGAAGAAACACCCAAAAUUAGAAGCCGCUAAUCCUGAUGUGGACGAUGACGCGCCGAAUGUACCCGGCACGUCACAACACGUUUUCCACUUCGAUGGGUCUCGAUUCAUUAGUUGGUUGCCCACGGUAUCGGUAGAGUUGUCAACUUCGCCGGUCGUGCUCGAAGAGUUCCAGCGAACAGAAUGAAUCAUCUAGUCAUUGACGAUUGAGAAACGAAUACUCGCUCGUGAUUACCCACCAAAAGUAUCUGCUGACGUCGGAAGAGACAGUUUCCAGUGUCGGUGAUGACGGGGACGAUCAUCCGAAGAGUGACUUGGCAAAAAUAUCGACACUGCUGUCAGAUCUAGCAUGAUAUUCUGGAUAUCGUGUACAAAAGAGAGUCUUGAUCCAAAGAAUUGCCAAGGAAAUCUUGUGAUACGCAAGGGAAUUGUGACCCUCUGCAGCUGCCAACCGCACCUUGUACAUUAUCUCGAACCUUGUUGGGUUAUCCAAAAGUGUACAUAAUGAAUAUGUGUAGCUUAAAAAAAAAUUAAAUAAAACGCACACU